AUGGGGAAGAAUGGGGAGGAUGUACGGGCAGAAAAGUCCGAUCAGACAAGAAUCAAAGGGCAGGAGAAGGCAGUGAUAGUGGGGAGACGGGGAUACAGGGCAAUAAGUAAAGCGCGCGAGAUCGUGAGAGGUGGUGACGAUAAUCAAAUCACUAUGAUGAAUGGGAUCGGGUCAGGAAGCUAUUUUGAAACGGGUAAAGAGAAGUCAAACGGGUUGGAGGAAGAGAAGAUGGAUCUUGGAUCCUUGAUGCAGACUCAGACGCAGCUGAAGAUGGAGAGCACCUCGCUGGCGCCAAAUCAGAUUCCUGCUAUGAACGAUCUCUCUUCAGACGAGGACGACAUGCAGAAAGCCAAGCUUGCUGGAAUCUCAGAGGAAGCUGACGACGAGGAUGAUGACCAAGAUGAGGAAGCGGUGGACUACUUCGUCACUGAAGACUUCGUGUCGGGCGGUACAUCUGGGGCACACUGCUGCUGCUGUCAUGGCAUUUCAGCAGAGAAGCUGGAGGGAGCACAUAGAAUCAACAACAAGGACGGUUCCUCUUACAAUGGGGAGUGGGUUCAGGGGAAGUGGGAGGGGAACGGAAGAUGGUCCCACCAGGACAGCGGGACGUACGAUGGGAUGUGGAGAGAUGGACUGUUUCAAGGCAGUGGGAUCUUCAUAUUCCCCGACGGAGAUAUGUUUGAGGGGAAGUUCAGAGGAGGCUGCCCCAUCGCCGGCUUGUUGACGAAAGCCAACGGCUUGAGAGCUAAGGUGACCUUCGAUGGGAAGCGAACGAUCUUCGACAAGAAUCUCACGCCUUUGAAGCAAACCGUCCUGAAAGGUCGGCUUGUUGCAGCCGAAACUCUCUAUUUCUGGGGACUGACUGUCCUUGGGCACAGAAAGAAGACGGAACUCGUUAUGAGGGGGAAUGGAAGAGAGUGGAAGAACGGGCUGAUCUUUGGGAGAGGGAACUUCAAGUUUCCCAACGGAAAAGAAAUCAUGGCAGACUUCGAAGACUCUUGCCCUGUAGCAGGGACAAUAAAGGCCAAGAAGCUGGCUUCACGGCAAAGAGUCAAAUUCGAUGGGAAGACAAGCGUGUUUGACCCCAACUUCUGGAAUUCUCUCAAGCUCGCUCCCAUGAUGUUAACGGACGAGGAACCGACGGAUAGUCUGCUGACAUCCAAACAAUCACCCAAUGGAUGGCAAACCGGCAUGGGUUCGAGCUCUGAAUCGAUCAUGAGACUCCUCAAGAAGUCCGGAUCUCAUGCGGAGCACAUCAAGAACCGCAACCCGCACGAGCCGAGGAAGCGUCUCGUCACUUUCGGCCCUGGGGUGUAG